CCUCUGCUCUCCCCUGACUCCUUAUAUUCAACGCUGCAUUUCAACUUUCAACAUCGCUCUCUCUCACUCUCUCUCACUCUCUCUCUUACACUGCACGAGUAGUUGUUCAAAUGGUUGCGUGAAGCAGAAGGCUUUGAGACGACAGAGAGCAAAAAAAACACAGACCAAACUCCGUUGCGAGUAUCUUGCGUGCUUCGUGUGUCUGUGUGUUUGUGUCCGUCUCGAGAUGGGAAAGAAAUCAUCAUCGGAGCAGCAGAAGAAGAAAGACGCCGCGAAGGUCGCAGCCGUCCUCGACCUCCUCCGCAAGCAGGCCCCCCUCUCCGUCAAACAGGAGAAGUUCUGCAGCUAUGCCUGCGUGGAGCGGUUUCUGAAGGCGAAAGGCGAUAGCGUGAAGAAGGCCGCCAAGCACUUGAGAGCCUGCCUCUCGUGGCGUGACGCGAUCGGCAUUGAUCAUUUGAUAGCGGACGAGUUCUCAGCUGAACUUGCUGAAGGCUUCGCCUACGUUGCUGGCCAGGACGAGGAAUCCCGGCCCGUAAUGAUUUUUCGGAUUAAGCAGGACUACCAGAAGUUCCAUUCACAGAAGCUGUUCACUCGACUGCUGGUUUUUACACUGGAAGUAGCCAUCGGGACCAUGCCGAAGAACACCGAGCAGUUCGUCCUCCUCUUCGACGCAAGCUUUUUCAGAUCGGCAUCGGCUUUUAUGAACUUACUGAUGACAUCCCUGAAAAUAGUGGCUGAUUACUACCCCGGCAGGCUCUACAAGGCUUUUGUCAUCGACCCGCCCUCCCUCUUCUCUUAUCUCUGGAAGGGAGUACGGCCUUUUGUGGAGCUAUCAGCGCAGACCAAUGUUGUCUCCUCCCUUGACUUCGAGGAGUCGCUAGAGUUCAACGACUUUGCGUCGUACCCGCGAGCCACGUCCCUCCGGUUCGAGACUGACUCCGUCAAGUCGACAGCCAAGAUCGGCUCCUGCGCCUCCUCACGGUUCUCCUUCACCGUUUCCCACCACUUGGAUUCCCUCAAGCCCUGGUACCUCACAUUGACCGACUCCUCGUCAUCCAAGGUGGGGCCCACCGGCUCGUACCCACUGGGGCCCGCUCUGAUCUCGCCACUCAACGCGCGGUCCCUCUCCUUUGCAUCACCGGGCGCCAGGACGCCACGUGGCAUGGGCGGAUACAGCUACAACAAGAAGUCGCUGUUCCCCUCGACCCCGCUUCCCCAGCGGACCGGCGGGCUCGAUCCGGGGGUCGGCAAGCCCGCGGCGCGGACCCCACGGCCCUCGUUCCUCCAGUCGCCGGCCACGUUCUUCCUGCGCAAGCCGGAGAGCCACGUCAGCAAGGCGGAGCGGUCCAGGGAGUCGUUCGUCCCGUUCGUGAAGUUCUAUCAGAGACCGUACGACGAGAUGAUCUACCGGUCCAAGAUGAAGCCCCCGCUGGGCGGCCUGAUCUCGAUCGUCUCCCCACACCUCAAGCGCCGCCACAUGUCCGUAUCACAGCGGUUCUGAUGCAGCAAGCAACCCGAGGCCAAAGAUGAAGAACAGACCGACCAGAGAGUACAUAUUGAUGAUGGACCCGAUUGACAAAAUCCAAUCAGUCUAUAAAUUAAUUUCAUGACAUGAAUAUUGCUGUUUCUCUUGUGUAAUAAUUUGAUUGAUUAUUAUUGUUAUUAUUGUUAGUAUUAAUUUUGCUCAAUGUUCGAGUUUGUUCGUGCAUUGACUUAUCAAAGUUCAAGAAAUUUGAAGGAGACGACGUGCAAAGUGGGAUGUGAAA